AUGAUGGAGCCUCUUGCAGCUCUUGGGCUGGCUGGUAACAUCGUCCAGUUCGUCCACUUUGCGUCCGGCCUUGUUGAAACCACAGUUGAGAUUCGCAGGUCCUCUGCGGGGUGCACAGCAGACGUCCUUACGCUGGACAAAGUGUACGGGCAGCUCAAGAACUUUGACCUCAAGCUCACGUCGAGCUAUGACAAGGCCGUCGCUGGGCAAGCGCAGGAGAACGCGUUCGGCAGCGAUUUCACGUCGUUUCACGAACUGGCUAGUCUUUGCAAGAGAGACUGCGAAAGGCUCCUGCGGGUGGUGGACAAACUCAAGACUCAGAAUGGAUCAGCCGGGCCCUGGCAGUGUUUUCGCGCCGCGCUAAAGGCCAUGUGGAAAAAGGGAGAGAUCGAGGCGCUGGAACAGCGGUUGACCAGGACACAGGUCACAAUGACUCUGCAUCAACUGAGACAACUACGAGCCGACAGUGCUAAGCUGCAGUCGAAUCAGUCCGGCAUGCUUGAUCAGAUCAACACUGCAAUUGGUUAUUUGACCCAACUCAUCGACCAAGUCGAACACAACCGCAAGAAUUGCCUUCCUUCGGCCGAGGAGCUGCAAAGGCUUGGACAGCAGAUCUCCAAAGUGGCUCUUUCGCAGGAUGCUGUUGCGGGACAGCAAGCCAUCAUGAAGAGUUUGUGCUUCGAGACCCGGUCAUUCCGACAUCUGACGAUACCGGAAGCUCAUCAGAAUAUAUUCGGAUGGGUCUACCAGCCGGAAAUUGCGACCAGCCCAACAUCAGCGAAAUACCUCGCCCAGUGGCUAAGGAGUGAUGAUAACAUCUUCUGGGUUUCCGGGAAGCCCGGGUCUGGCAAGUCAACGUUCAUGAAUGGUCGGGCCCGAAACGGCUCGUUAUCGCUGGGCAUUAUUUUUUGGAGCGCUGGUACCACUAUGCAGAAGUCCGAGCAGGGCCUUCUUCGUACGCUGCUCUACGAGGUCUUUCGACAGUGUCCUGAGUUGGCUAAGCCGUCUUGUGACGACAGAUGUGUCGGUCCGAGCCAAGCAUGUGGUGAUGAGUUGCCGAACUGGACCAUGUCUGAUCUCCACGCGACUCUUCGGAAGAUUGCGACUCAGGAAUCGUCCACCCGGUUCUGUUUCUUCAUAGACGGUCUAGACGAAUUUGAUGGCCAACAUGACGAGAUAUGUCGGGUGUUAAAAGAUCUUGCCAAGUCUACCGAUAUCAAACUCUGCAUCUCGAGCCGACCUUGGAACGUGUUUGAAGAGGCUUUUGGUGAUAAAGCCCAGAGAAAGCUAUACAUGCAGGAUCUGACGCGAGACGAUAUCCUGAAAUACAUCAGGAGUCGGCUCUACGAACAUCCAAGAUGGCCAGCACUGGCUGCCAAGGACUCCUCUGACGAUUGGUUAUGGCUGAUCCAUCAGAUUGAGAAACGAGCUUGUGGAGUUUUCCUUUGGGUUGUUCUCGUUAUCAGACUGCUUCUUCAGGGCCUCACAAAUCGCGAUCGCUUCUCGGAUAUUUGCCGACGCCUGGAGAGCUUCCCGAUGGCAAUUGCCGUCAUAGAACCUCUGCCCGCUAUGUCUUACGCAUUUCACGAUCAGGGCUAUGAUGAGCAAGACUACAUCUUUCACAUCUCCACGCAACCUUAUCGUCCAGAGGAGGACGAAUUACUCAGGGAAGAGAUGAUUUGGUGGCUGAACAGUCGGACCCGCGGGCUGUUGGAAGUGGAUCGAAUCUCCGGGUUAGUCACCUUCUUGCACAGAACUGUCAUGGAUUUUCUUAAAACGCGGGAAAUGUCAGAUUUUCUCGCUGAGAAAGCUCCAGCCAAGUUCAAUCUACCUCUCACCCUCUUGAAGGUCUACACUGCAACAAUCAAGAGGAGCCAUUUCAGCCAGAGCGUCAUACGGCGGGGAUCUGGCAUUUCCGACGCCUCUCGCUUGCGAACCCUGACGGCGAAUACUCUAACCUGGGCAAAAGAGGCCGAGAAAUCAGAUUCCUCCCGCAUCGUGACAUAUGAAAUCAUUGAGGAGUUAGAUUGCAGCAUGCCCCAAAAGUCCGCCGCGCUCACCAACUUACGGGGACAUAGAUAUCUCUCGGGGAUGAUUCCUUUGUUCAUUCUCCAUAUCCUCUGCCCUUGCAAUUCCCGCGGCGCCUUCCCUAUCGACAGCAAAUGGCGGACCCACGGAAUCGAGAUGCUUCGAUUGGUUUUGGAGACACAGAGUCUGGAUCCUAUUGUGAUUGAGAGCUCCUGGGCCAUUCUCAUGCAACAUGUCACCUCUUGGCCUAGACUCGAAACGAACGGAGACAAGGAGCAGAAAUUCUGGAAGUUGCUCGAGAACAACAUCCUGUCCUUAUUUCUACAAAAAGGCGCUGACCCUAACGCACUGAAUGGGUACAGAGACGACGACGUAGACCACCGAUGGCCUGUGCUAGAACGAUACCUAGAUCUUGCCUUUCAGAUACCUGCCGACGCCGCUCGUGAGGAUCUUUUUCUCAGAACACUUGUUGACUUCAUCAACGCCGGCGCGACUGCCAGGGGAGGCCAGAUGGACGAGAUGAGGUAUCAGUCAGGCUAUCUACCGGAGAAGAAAAUGUUCUUCAACCGUCUUUUGUCUCUGAAACCGGUGAGAUCGCCGUCCUGCAACGUCAGAUUGCUGGCCGAUGUAGUGAACAUUCUGCUUUCCACUGUUGACGACAUUGAGCGGACGUGGUUGACGAAGAUGGACAGGAAGAUAGUAGAGGAAGUGUUCCCUGCUAAUAUACUGGAAGGUCUCAGGGCCAGGCAUCCGGCUAUCCCAUGGAAAGGCUCGAAGCACAGGACCAAAGAGUGCAAGACUUGA